ACUUUGUUUACCCAGUCAUUUAGUGAUGUGUUUUCUGUAUCCCCAAUAAGCUACAGCUGGAGAUAGAGGUGAAACGCAAGGUUCCCCCACCAAUCAUGGACAGCGAAAAAACAGCAAACCUGUUGAGACCAAGAAGAGAGGAAAAGAAGUACCCGAUCCCCACACCAGAGGGAAAGGUACAGCUGAAGAUAAAGGUAGCACUCAAGGUUCCCCAACCAAUAAUGGACAGCGAAAAAACCACAAACCUGUUGAGACCAAGAAGACAGGAAAAGAAGUACCCGAUCCUCACUCCAGAAGGGAAGACGCCAGAGGCGACACAGAAGUUUCCCCUGCCAAAAAGGGUCAACGAAAAAAACGCAAACAUUGUGAGACAAAGAAGACAGAAAAAGAAGUACCUGAUCCCCAUUCUGGAGGAAAAGGUAAAGACAGUGAGGAAGCAGAUGUGGAAGUUUUGGUCAAGGACAGCAAUGUGCCGCAGAUAUUGAUGGGACGUCCCACUGCUCGGCGUCACGACACUUCAAGGAAGGGUAGAUCUUGGCUUAAAACGAAUCCUAAAGCUCGAAAUCGCUCCUCAACCCCUCGAAAGGUUGUCCAGAGCAGAUACGUCGCUUUCGUCGACCGGGUAGAAGAAGACUUAGACGGGGAUCUUGAAGAAGCGUCCUUUAACUUGUCUUCCAGCCGGAGCGAAAGUUCUGUUCUCGUGACGUCACCCAAUGUCUGCUUGGCACACUUUGGCGACGACACUUCACCAGUCUUUUCGCCCUCCGUUCGGAAACCGAGACGACUCCCAGCCAUGAACAGCGAAAUAGGGGCGAUAAAAAGACAGCGUGCGUGUUCUGGGAGCCCAAACAGCAGUUCAGGACCCAACCACCGAAGCGCCUUCAGCAGGAUAGAGGUACAACAAAAGGCAAGGUUAGAAACUGCCCAUUUCAAAACUCAGCUCCAACACCUGGAGAACUUCCAGCGUUCGCUGUGCCUCCAAAUGUUGUAUCUAAAGGACGACGUGGACGCUCUUUUCCAAAAGGUGCAGACAUGCUCCUCAGAGCGGGAACCAAUGAGAGGAGAGUGUCGACGACAAUCACUGGACACAACAGACAUGUCUUUGGUCAGUAUCACCAGCUUGAGUUCUUCCUUGAUCAAAUCUUCGCCUACCAGUGCCCAAGUUGCAGACACACGAUUCGACGAAAAGCACCGGCUGAUUAAAGAUUUAAUUGGCCGGAUUCCCCAAGAGCGGUUAAGGUCAAAGUCAUCAGCAUCAUAUUUUCCUCAUAGAAGCAGAGAUUUUCUGGUGAAUUCCACGGAACAUAAGGUCCAUACUAACCGUUGCCAUGGUCACCAGCAGCAGUGUCGACAUAAGCUUACUGGUGUGCCUGGCAAAGGCCAAGAUUGCCGAGGCAAGGAAUUUUCGACACAACUUCAGAUUGCUUGUCUUUUCACGUUGGUAUUGGCACAGAUUGUCAUUCAGUUUGUUUAUCAGUCCGCAUCGAUCACCUGAAAGAGGAGAGAAAGAGAGAGACAGAGAGAGAGAGAGAGAGAGAGAGAGAGAGAG